GCGGCGGUGGGUUGGGAGCCGCUGGCGUGAUCCUCCACGUUUUUUUUAAUCUCCAUCUUUCGAUUCGAUUCCCCCGGCUAAAUUUUCAAAUUCGACCCCCGCCCCAAGCACAAGAGCAAUCCUUUAGCCCUCCAGAAGCCACUCUGCAAGGACAAAUCGACGCCAAAAGCCGUUUAGAUCAGAAAGAUGGCGGUGAGCGGGGUGUCAGGGUCUGCGGUCGCCCGGCUGGAGGGCCGAGAGUUUGAGUACCUCAUGAAGAAACGCUCGGUGACCGUGGGCAGAAACUCUUCCCAGGGCUCCGUGGACGUCAGCAUGGGCCACUCGAGCUUCAUCUCCCGCCGGCACUUGGAAAUUUUCACCGUGGGCGAAGACGGAGCCGGCGGCGGGGACUUCUACCUGCGGUGCCUCGGCAAAAACGGGGUGUUUGUGGACGGCGUGUUCCAGAGGCGGGGGGCUCCUCCUCUCCAACUCCCCCGAGUGUGCACAUUCCGCUUCCCCAGCACUAAUAUCAAGAUCACGUUCACCGCGCUUUCCAGCAGCAAGAAAGAUAGGAGGAAUGCCCCAGAGUCCCCUGUGAAGGCAGUCCAGCCCCAAAUCUCGCCGCUGACCAUCAACAUUCCAGACAACAUUGCCCACCUGAUGAGUCCCCUGCCCUCUCCCACGGGUACAAUCAGCGCUGCCAAUUCGUGUCCCUCCAGUCCUCGUGGGGCAGGGCUGUCCAGUUACAGGGUGGGACGUGGGCUCACAGCGGAGCUCAUAGGGGACAACUCCCAAUCCGAAAACGACAAGGAAGCCUCCGGAGGAGACAGUCCAAAGGAUGACUCUAAACCACCAUAUUCAUAUGCACAACUGAUUGUCCAAGCGAUAACCAUGGCCCCAGAUAAGCAACUUACUUUGAAUGGAAUAUAUACCCACAUAACUAAAAACUACCCAUACUACAGAACAGCUGACAAGGGCUGGCAGAACUCCAUUCGCCACAAUCUUUCCUUAAAUCGAUACUUCAUCAAAGUGCCCAGAUCACAAGAAGAGCCAGGCAAAGGUUCUUUCUGGCGAAUAGAUCCCUCAACAGAAAGCAAGCUCAUGGAUCAGGCCUUCCGCAAACGGAGGCCCCGUGGCGUGCCCUGUUUCAGGACCCCACUCGGCCCUCUGUCCUCCAGGAGUGCCCCUGCCUCACCUAACCACACAGGGGUGCUGUCGGCCCACUCUAGUGGUGUGCAGACUCCUGACAGCUUAUCACGAGAAGGCUCACCUGUUCCCAUGGAUUCAGAGCUUGCACCUGCCUCUGCUCCAGCAUCAGCUGUUCAACCUAAAUUAGCAGUCAUCCAAGAGGCUCGCUUUGCACAGAACGCACCAGGCUCACCAGUCACCAGCCAACCCGUACUCAUCACAGUUCAGCGGCAGCUCCCACAGACCAUCAAACCUGUGACUUACGCGGUGGCCACACCUGUGACCACCUCCACCGCCCAGCAGCCUGUCAUGCAGACGGUCCAUGUGGUGCACCAAAUCCCUGUCUCAGUUGCCACGGUGACGGGCUUCGCUCAUACAGAAGGCCAGGCUGUGUCUCAGACGGAACUGCAGGAGAACGGAGAGCACCAAGAAAUCAAAGUGAAAGUAGAAACUGUACCUGCCAUCACAGCAGCUUCUAUAGGUGGAGCGAAUCGUAUUCUUCAGACAUCUCAAGCCACGCCUAUACAGACGGUUACUAUAGUGCAGCAAGCACCAUUGGGCCAGCACCAGCUUCCUGUUAAGGCCAUCACUCAGAAUGGCACCCAUGUUGUGGCUGCAAUUCAAGGAGCAGCAAACACAGCAAGUCCUCUUCACAUGCUGGCCACUCAUGCCUCUGCCUCAGCGUCUUUGCCCACCAAACGGCAGAACGGUGACCAGUCGGAGCAGCCUGACUCCAAGAGGCUCAAGGCUGAUGAUGGAGGGGACGUAGGAGCCGUUCCUGUCGCAGCAGAGAGGGACGCCACAGAUUAGGGCAGCCACAUCAUGACCUUUGGCCUCACAAACUGUUCUUAGUUAAGCCCUCUCGCCCACUCAGUACAACUACAUCAUCUGUCAUUCUGUCCAAGGUGCCAAACAGUGAAGCAAGAAGAAACAGAAGGGUUGCAGUGAGACAUUUGAAGAUGGCAGAGAUACAUGCGCAGUAUGCAAAGAAGAAGUGAUGCUGACGUGAGAAGAACAACUGAAAGUGAACAGCAGGAGAGUGACAGGAGGCCUUUUAACUAAAUAUUUAAGUACUCACAGACAUAUGCAUACAUAUAUUGAUAUAGCGUACUUAAAGCUACAAAAUGUAUUUUAGAUCAAACCUGGGUUUGUCCUAGUAGGACGUCCCAUGUCUCCAUCUCUUCUACCUCUGGGCAGAACUUGAAGGUGGAGAGAUUGUGAAUGAGAUGGAUUUUUGCGUUCUCUAGACAAACAGCUGGCAGCUUGACAAGCUGGAAAUAGAAUUGAACUUAAUCCAUUUCAGUUCUUUGAGGCUCCAGGUAACCUCCAAACAUUCCUGUGUAUGCAGGCAAUUACACCUUCUGGGCUGAUCAACUAUGGUUUCCCCUUAACCGUAGCAUAACUAUUGGAUGAAUUUAUGUUGUAUAUAGAGUAGAUCUAAUUUAUAGGCAGAGGUCCUUUGUAUCCACCCAGUUGUUGAAUAUACUGAGCAAAUGGAAUAAGUCAACGAAUUUAAAGAGGUCAAAUAAGAACUUGCCAAACAGUUAUUGAGAGGGAAGUUGUUAAACUGUGAACCUGCACACGGUUGCAACUUAUGAGUUGUUUAGUUUUUUUUCUUUCAUUUCUUUUAACACAAGCUUGACUCUCUUUGGCAAAGGGUAGAAUGGGGAGCCUUUUCCUGUAUCAUGGCAGCUAGCCUCAAUGUCGACCUACCUAAUGCAGUCCUUAGUAGAUAUGCAGUAAUUUGUUGUACAUGUGUAUCUUAGGAUAUUAUUUGUCUGUAUUUAUGUUCUUCAUGGCACAGAUGUUCAACAACAACAAAAAAAUAUACCACAAGGCUAAAGUGAGGUCAUUGGCGUUUCUUAUCGCAAGAUUUAAUUUAUUUUUUUUCUCCCCCCCCCUUUUUUUAUUUUUUUUUAUUUUUAUUUUUUAAAAACAUAAGGACUCAUAUGUUUAUGGACAUGAAUGUAGUUACCUCCUCAAAGAAAACACUAUUGAUAGAGGACUUGUGUUACUUCUGUUAAAUCCAAAUGUUUCUCACAUCCUCAGAGCUUUUUCAUAUUUUAACAGAUAACUUAUGAAAUAAGAACUAUAUUUCCAUUUGUAUUUCAUUGAAAUAUUUCAUCUACGCUUGCAUGAAAAUGUGUAGAGAAAAAUAUACUGUACCUGAGCUGGUUUCUUGGAAAGGAACUGCGAAGGAGGAAAGGAAAAAAGACUGAAAAUCUCCUUUGUAAUUUGGACCACUUGCACUUAACUUGUUAACGCUGUUUCCUUUCCUCUCUUGACCCUUCUUUUUAUGUUUUCAGUAUGUCCUUGGCUGUGUUUGUUAACUUUGUGUUACAGUUGACAGUCUCUCUGCCCGUUAAUAUUAUUUUACUUUAAGACGGUUGAAAAAGUUGGCUCAGAUCAUACAUGUUCCACAAGGAAAAAAAAUAAGUGGUUGAUGUUGUUCUGCUUCAGUGGAUAAAUUUCUUUUUUUCUUUUUUUUUUUUCUUUUCUUUUUUUUUUUUACACAAAUUAAAAGCUCCAUCAUUUCUGUUCUAAGUGUGUGAGU